ACAAGCCGCUUUAGGAGUCGCGAGGUUCAGAGCCUUCGCUGCUGCCUGCGUUUCCGCUCCUAGAGUUUGACAAACCGUCUUUCUCGCUUGGCUCCCCGGCGCCACCGAGAUGCUGUCCUGCCGCCUUCAGUGCGCGCUGGCCGCGCUCUCCAUCGUCCUGGCUCUGGGCGGUGUCACUGGCGCACCGUCGGAUCCUCGACUCCGUCAGUUCCUGCAGAAGUCCCUGGCUGCUGCCGCGGGGAAGCAGGAACUGGCCAAGUAUUUCUUGGCAGAGCUGCUGUCUGAACCCAACCAGACAGAGAAUGAUGCCCUGGAACCUGAAGAUCUGUCCCAGGCUGCUGAGCAGGAUGAAAUGAGGCUGGAGCUGCAGAGAUCUGCUAAUUCAAACCCAGCCAUGGCACCCCGAGAACGCAAAGCUGGCUGCAAGAAUUUCUUCUGGAAGACUUUCACAUCCUGUUAGCUUUAUUAAUUAUUCUUGUCCAACCUCUGAUUACUCUCCUCCAAGCUCCAUUUCUCUCCCCUAAUGACCCCAAUCCUCAACAAUACCCUUACAUUAGGAAUUGAAGUCUGUAAAUACAAAAUAAAAUUAUGGUGAAAUUA